CCCGCCAGCCCGUCCGCCCGCCGCCCUGCAGGCCGCCCCGAUCCCCUCAGAAAAUGAUGCACCCUGUUGCCAGCGGCAAUACAGCUUUCUGUGGGACCGGCAAGAGUUCUUGCCUUAACGAAGACAAUGUGAGAUCUGCCGAUCAGUUUGACUUGUAUGCCACGCAGCAAAGUAAAUACAGCCACGCAGUCAGCCACAAACCGAUUGCAUGCCAGAGACAAGAUGCGUUGAACGAAUCGCACUUGCAGACCACAAGCGGCAGGAAUAUAGAGACAAAAGACGAACUCAAGAAAAAGAAAAGCCUCAACCGAUCUGGUAAACGUGGAAGGCCAUCAGGGACCACAAAAUCAGCAGGGUACCGAACCAGCACAGGUCGACCCCUGGGGACCACCAAAGCAGCGGGAUUUAAGACAAGUCCAGGCAGACCCUUGGGUACAACUAAAGCAGCAGGAUACAAAGUCAGCCCAGGCAGACCUCCAGGAAAAAAGCAGCAAGCCUUCAGGUGUUCCAGUGAUGCCUAACACAUAUUGAGCUGGACUUUAUGCUGUACUUUACAAUAGGUGUGUUGAAUUGUUUUGGGGGAACUGUGUAUGCACUGGCAACUAAGACAAUGAACCUCAACUAUACUGGAUGGCUCCUUAGUCGAUAGACGAACUAACGGCAGCUAAACUGCUACUAAGUUUCUUCAUGCUGAAGCUAUGAAAUCCAGUUAUACGUUCUGUUCCUCAACGAACUCGCAAGUCUGAAAUUUAGCAAUCUUUCUCAGAACGAUGUGACUUCUGACACAUGCGAAAUGCUAACGUGAGUUAAUUCACCCUCAGGAUCUGUGUUGUAUUGGCUGUUUUUAAUCAGAUGAUUUUUCAACAAAAGACUGCUUUAAGUCCUUUCCUGAACUCAGCUGGGAAAGCAGUCCUCUUCAGCUGAAUGUAAUAACCGCCAGAGUGUCACGCCUCGCUGGCAAGGAAUGCGUUGCAUGUCACCGCUGUACCUUGGAGAAACUCCACUUCUUACCUCCUCCUGUUCAUCCUGUUUGCUCCCGUUCCGUUUCUCACUUGUGCAUCCACGCAGUGGUGCUGUGCCGUGUGUCAGGAGACGAUGCAGAUGUACUGCUAUUCUGCUAGUAUAAUGAAUUUUGUAUUCAAGUAUGCUGAUGAAAUAAUGAAAUCAUCUAAGCCAUUUCUGUUCAUUACAGUGUUGUUUAAUUAUAUCAGAUGGAAUAUAGUCCCGGUAAAAAGCAAUUAACGUUGUCAAUUGUGAAAUGAUGAGCAUAAAGUAGAAAAGCGUUCAGAGAGUCUCAAAGAGUCUAUAAUGGGCUGCAUGGCACCCUAGAAGUGCACUGCUGGGCAUUUCCUAAUCCUGGUAUAUUUUAUAUCUAACUAUAGUUUACUGGUGCCGUGCAGUGAGGGGAAAGUUAAGAGAUUCAAAGUGAACUAGAAAUGGAAUUUUCAAAUACUUCUGCUUUUCCUAUGUAUAAUCUGCAGAAUACAUUGUGCUUUUUUCAACACUUUUCUUUCCAUGAGAAACACUGAAACAGCAUGUUAAUGCCUAAACUUUAUUAGUACCAAUGGGAAAACUGGCCUUUUCCCCCCAUAGUAUGAAAACAUUACUUGUAAGGUAAAUUGCUUAUUUUAUAUAUCAUAAUUCAGCUAUUCAUAAGCUAGGAUCACUGUUGUGUGUUAACACUGUUCAGAAGAUCUACAUGUCAAGUUUGUUUUUUAAUAAUUUCUUUUAAUUACCAAGUUUCUAACGUCUUAUUUAUACAUAAAUGAAAUGUAUUAGCUUGCUAUUAUUCCUUAAUGAUGCUAUACAAGUUCACUGUUUAAUAUACAUAUAGUAACUACUAUUGAGUUUGUGAUUAAAUUUACUUAAACUUUAAAACCAAAUAAUUUUGCUACUAUAAAGUCUUGCACUGGACAUAUUCAAGACGCUUGCACCAUAUUUUGGCAGAAAAAAAACAGAUACCAUCAGAAGUGGCUGACUUCGAUAUCAAAGAUAGUAUUUUUAAAAUCAGCAGUUAGCUUUGUCAUUAGAGCAAUGUUCUUUAUAUCUCGGAUUUAGUUUAAACUAAUCAAAAUAACUACGUAUCAAGAGCCAUUAAAGAUCUCUGUUCUGAAUGAAUAUAUUUUCACUUUGUCUGAAAGAUCUUAGAGUUCAGUCAGGACAAAACCAGGCCUUGUCAGUGAAAAGUGAUGUGUCUGUGAAAAGAAUUACUUGGAACUACAAUACACAGAGUAAUUCUGAUGAGAAUUUAACUCCCUCCCCCAUUUUUGAAGAGCUUUAAAAGGCAGAGCAAUGUGAAGUCAUUUGUCCGAUGGUUUCAUUAGCUGUGACUCUGCUAUUCUUUGUUGUAUGUAUAAUAAUGUUUCACGCUAUCCUUAGAGUUGACAGUUAAAACAGUUGAUAACAAUCAUAAAUACUUUGAACUGCAGACUUCACUUCUGACCACAAAAGAAGUUUAUUCUUCUCUAUUUUAAUGCGUAUAUUUUAACACUGCUUAAAUAUAUUUAUGACUUUACUGUAGAGACUAGACCUUUCUCCUUGUGAUUUUUUUUUUUUUUUCAAAUAGAAAAACCUGUAUUCCGAAAUUUGAACCACUUUCUGAUACUUUAAUCUUUCAUCAUUUGCUUUUCCACAGGUUUACUUUGGGGGAAACAGUAAUCUGUUAAAUAACUAGUAUCGGCACCCCGUCCUCUGCUGUAAAAAGCCUGAUUAGAUACUGUGUAUGUUUUUAUGUCCAUGAACUUGAGCUACUCGUGUGCAAUUAUGUGUAUGGGAAUGGAGUAGUGUUCAUGAUCUGUAUUUACAUCAUCAUAUGGAUGUAUAUUUAUUAAUAAAGUUAAUACUUUAAA